ACGGCGCUAUGGCUGAGGAAAAGAAGGGUCAAGUUGCCAAGAAGGGCGCGAAGAAAGUGGUGAAGAGGGCGCCAGCAAAGGGCGGCAAGAAGAGGAGGCGGUCCAGGAAAGAAAGUUACGCCAUCUACAUCUACAAAGUGAUGAAGCAGGUUCACCCCGACACCGGCAUCUCCUCCAAGGCCAUGAGCAUCAUGAACUCGUUCGUCGGCGAUAUUUUUGAGCGCAUCGCGGGGGAGGCUUCCCGCCUGGCCCAUUACAACAAGCGCAGCACCAUCAGCUCCCGGGAGAUCCAGACCGCCGUGCGGCUGCUGCUGCCCGGGGAGCUGGCCAAGCACGCCGUGUCGGAGGGUACAAAGGCGGUGACCAAGUACACCAGCUCCAAGUGAAGGACCGCAUUGCUCUGAAACAAACACAUCCACAACCCAAAGGCUCUUUUAAGAGCCACCCACAACUUCCCUGAGACAGCUGAAUCAUUGUUUUUUAAAUUAAUAUAACUACGAGAUUUGUGUUUUAUGAACUUUCUGUCAAGUAUUGAGCGAUCGAUGACCCGUUCCGCGCCUUAUUCUCGGAUACGUUGAUGUAUAUCUUAUAGCCCCUGCCUGGAGAGAGAGAUCAUGUUAAACGUCACUCUGUCAUUUUUCAGCUGAUUGUAUGUAUCCUUGUUACUCUGUUAUUCGAUCAGUUCUGGAGCUACAAACCCCGGUGGGGCAUGAACCCUGAGUUUCAUCCCCAUCAAACCAAGUGUCCCCAGCGCCCACCGGCAAGCAAAAAAAAAGUUUCCCUCUGAGUCCGAUUUUACUUUAUUUAUUUUUAAUUUCCAAAUCUCCGCACGGUUAUUUUCCGGAUGCAGAGCUUGGAAAAUGCACCGAAA